GCACAAUACACCCACACUCUGACUGUGACUAUAGCAGGAGUGUACACAUGUACUGUGGCUAACGAAAAGCCAUCUAGUGCUUCAGCCAGCAUCACCCUUGAAGUGGCCUCAGCUCCAACUGAUGUCAGAGCAGUCCAAGAUGGUCCCUCCAGUAUCAGUGUCACCUGGACCCCUCCAAUUCCGUUGGGAUUACGACUGGCUACAAGAUCUCCUACA